AUGGGGCUCCGGCUCCCGCUGCGCCGGAGCGCCAGCUUCACCCCCGACCACCCUGCCCUCGUGGAGGUGCCCGGCCCCACCGCCCUGAAGAUGGAAGCAAACGUCCUCGUUAUGGGAGCGGACAGCGUGGGGAAAUCGGCUCUGACUGUGCGUUUCCUCACCCGGCGCUUUAUCGGGGAGUACGGAGACAUGGAAUUCAUCUACAGCCACAACCUGACCGUGGACGGCCGAGAGAUUCUCUUCCACAUCUGGGAUGUCCCCAAUUCCCAGGAGCAGACGGAGGAGGGCUCCUCGGAGGAGAAGCGAAUCCAGUGGGCAGACAGCUUUGUCCUGGUCUACAGCAUCUGUGACCGCGCCAGCUUCAACAUCCUGCCCCUCAAAAUCCAGUUCAUCAAGGCGGCCAAGGAGGGGCAGAGCCAGGAGAAGGUGCCCAUCAUUAUUGUGGGCAACAAACGCGACCUACACCACCAACGGGUGGUGUCCAGCGAGGAGGGUCGGCUCCUGGCCCUCUCUUUAGACUGUGGUUUCUACGAGGUGUCUGCAGCUGAGGCUUAUCAUGGAGCCCUCAUGGUCUUCCAUGGACUGGCCAAACGCAUCCCUGAUACCAAACUGGCUCUGAAAAAGGGUACGGGGAUCCGUGGCAUCGUCAAGACGAUGUCGGCUGUGUUUGCCCGUAAGCGAACGGAUUCCCUCUGAGAAGGGUGAGCCUGGGUGUUGCUUCUCUCCGCGCUGCCCAGCUGGGCUGAGCCUCCUCCCUGGGUGCCCAUGGAGAUGGUGUGCGCUUCCAUAAGUAUGGUGGGUUCCUUGCUGCCCUCCUAACCUCAGGGUCUGGGUCUCCUGCCAUACACGGCCAGUGCAGCUGAGGACUGGUAGUACCUUCCUCUGCUCCCUCCUGUAGAGCUCUUGGCUCCAUGGUGGGACAGGUGGUGGGGCAAAGUCUCUGCUCUUUGCUGUACUGGAUUUUUAGGUGCCUCCUGCUUUCUCCUUCCAUCCUCCAAUGCUGGAAACCACCAGGUGAUCUUGCCGCCGCUCCAGGCAGCAUCAUCCCCAGCUCCUUCAGUGGGAGCUGCCCGGGCUUGUCAGUGAGCAGGGAGGACACGCUGCUUCUGCGUGGCCACCCAGCUCAGUGUCAGCCCCUCCUACCCUGGGAUCCUUAUUCCUGUUUAACGCUCAUCAGGGUCCUCUCUGGUAACCCUGGAGCACACACGAGCUGGCAACGUGGGGGUUUCUCCAGCGGGGAGCCACCGGCAGUUCCCGUGUGCGCUUCACCGUGUCUGAGUGUCCCAGAGCCUGCGGCACCGGCUGAUCCCCGAGGACCUCGCUGAGGUCCCCAUCCCACCCGCCUUGCUUUUGAACUGUCCUGCUCGUGGUCCUCUCUCCCACAGCCUUUCAGCGACCGUAGCAGUUUUCCUCGUGCAAGCGCUGUACGGGCUGUGCCUGGGAAAAACCAGGCGCGUGGCUCGUUCCCAGGAUGGGGAAUCGUACGGUGCUCCUUCGCAAGCCGCUCCUUCUGUAAGGCUGCCUGUCUCCGGGGAGGGAGGGAGGGGGGGGAAGGGGUCGCCGGGUUCAUCGCCGAACCCUUCUGCUGCCGGGAGCUUUUUCCCUGCCUCUCCCCAAACCCUUCCCCUGGUGCGCCUGGGAAAGCAGCGUGUUGGAAGAGGGUUUGUGUGUGCAGUAC